CGACCCGCGGCCCCUCACCCCCAGCCGGUCCCAGAUCCAGGAUACCAGCGCUGGCCGGGGGGCCCGCGUGCGCUCUCAUCCGGAUGGCCGACCCCUGCUCAGAUCGUGAAUCAGAGUCCGAAUACGUGUUCCCGCGGGAAGUCGGGCUUUUCGCGGACUCGUACUCGGAGAAAAGCCGGUUCUAUUUCUGUGGGCACGUGCUGAGCAUCACACAGAACUUCGGUUCCCGCCUCGGGGUGGCGGCGCGCGUGUGGGACGCGGCUCUGAGUCUGUGCAACUAUUUUGAAAGUCAGAAUGUGGAUUUCCGAGGCAAGAAAGUGAUCGAACUGGGCGCAGGGACGGGCAUCGUGGGAAUCUUGGCCGCGCUGCAGGGGGGGAAUGUUACCAUCACUGACCUGCCCCUGGCCCUAGAGCAGAUCCAGGCCAAUGUCCAGGCCAAUGUGCCGGCUGGAGGUCAGGCCCAGGUCCGAGCCUUGUCCUGGGGGAUUGACCAGCAUGUUUUCCCUGGAGACUAUGACCUGGUGCUGGGGGCUGAUAUCGUGUACCUGGAGCCCACCUUCCCACUGCUGCUGGGCACCCUCCAACACCUAUGCGGGCCCCAUGGCACCAUCUAUCUGGCCUCCAAGAUGAGAGAGGAGCACGGGACAGAGAGCUUCUUUCAGCACCUCCUGCCCCAGCACUUCCAACUGGAGCUGGCCCAGCGGGAUGAGGAUGAGAAUGUCAACAUCUAUAGAGCCAGGCACAGGGAACCAAGACCUGCUUGACAACACCCUUCUGCUCCUCUGAACCCCUUGUCCUAAGAAAAGAACUGCCGUAUCUCCAAAGCCAUAAACACGAGGAAGAGAAGUAUGGGUUUCCUUUGCCUCCUCUUUCCUCCUUCCCUCUUGGGCUGGUGCAGGGAGGUGCCUGCUUGCUAGGAAUCUUAGAGCCCUGAUAGCGCUGGGUUAGAGCACAAAGGAAGUUCCCAGUUCCUGUUCCCAGAGGAUGAAAUGAAGAUUUUUAGGUAUAGGGGAGACAAAUGGGAGGUGAGAACAGUGGUUGCAGAUAGACUGUCCUUGAACCCUUCCAGUCCUGCUGUG